UCGAUGAGCAAGUAUCCCUUAAUUUACAAAACUAUAGGUAGCCCUCCAAAGUUCUAAGUUCAAACUAGCUAGUAGUGCAUUUAUAUAUACAUCCUACAAUACCCAAACAGACUAUUAAGUAUUACCCCACAAAACAAACGUUGCACAACUGCCGCCACCGGUCCUCUCUUUUGCAUUGAGAGAGAGAGAGACAGACAGACAGAGAGAUCGAUGGCAUCAUCACGAGACUCCCCCAACUCCCCUCCAAACCUUUCUUUUACAAUAAGAGGAACAACCACCCAAAACAACUUCUCCAGAAGCAUUUCCACCAAAGAAGCCUCCUUCUCACACUUCCCCUACACCCCACCUCGCCUUGCCGGCGCCGCUCUCUCCCAAAGCCUCCAUACUUCACCACUCUCCUCCCCUCUCCACUCUCACUCACCCACCACCACCAAGCUCACCGACGUCUCCUCCUCCACCUACCGCUGCGUCUCUUCCGUCCUCAAAAAGGACGGCCAGAUCUUGUCCAUCGCCGUCUCCAACGGCGUCGUCUACACCGGCUCCGACACCAACACUGUAAGGAUUUGGAGGCUCCCGGAGUUCACCGAGUGCGGGCACCUCAAGACCAAGGCCUGCAUGGUGGUUGCGCUACAGGUGUCCAACGAAAGAGUUUAUGCAGCCUACGGUGAUGCCAAGAUUCGUGUGUGGCGCAGAACAUGGGAUGGCGCCUUGAAGCACGUGCGACUGGCCACCAUCCCCACCACCGGAAGUUAUGUCCGGAGCUACAUUGGUGGCAAAGAUAAAAUGCAGAUGAAGCAUACCGGACCCAUCACAUCCCUAGCGGUCAAUGCAUCGGACGACAUCGUGUAUUCAGCUUCCCUCGAUAAAACAGUGAAACUAUGGCGGAUUUCUGACCUUAAAUGCAUCGGGACCAUUAACGCCCAUCUGGAGCCAAUCAACGCCAUCAUCGUCGCCGAUGACGGGGUACUCUUCACAGCGUCUGACGAUGCCACCAUCAAAGUGUGGCGCCACAACUUUCAUGGAGGAGACCAACCUCAUUCCCUCACCGUGACUCUCCCGGCCCGGUGCUCGCCUGUAAAAACCCUAGCCCUAACCCGAGAUGGCGGCGUCUUAUACGGCGGGUGCACAGACGGUUACAUACACUAUUGGGUCAAAGGGUGGUUCACAGGCCAAUUCCAAUAUAGUGGUGCGCUCCAGGGUCACACCCAUGCAGUAAUGUGCCUAGCCACUGUGGCCGACUAUGUUGUUAGUGGAUCCGCCGACUUAACGAGUAGGGUUUGGAGUAGAGAACAAGAUGGGCAGCACACGUGUCUAGCAAUCUUGGUGGGUCACAGAGGGCCUAUUAGGUGUGUGGCUGCAUUUGAAGAAGAGACCGAAGAUGGCUGCACCAUUUGUACCGGAAGUCUUGAUGGAGUCUUAAAGGUGUGGCGGGUGACGUGCAAGAACAAGUCGAGCCAGGGCUCAGCACCAAAUGGGUGCGAGUAUUUUGAGCUGUAGAUCGAGGGGAUUCUGAGUUGCAGCAUUUCAACUGUACAAAUUUCUUGUCCACGUUGACGCCUGUGUUACUGACCAAGUUGAGCUAAAUAGUUUUAUAGUGAUACAUAUAUAGUCAUGUACUAGCUAGAUCAUUAACGACCAUAAUGGUACCUUCUUUUAAGCUUUCAAUAUUAAUGUGCAGUAUGUCCAUUAAUGACUCCUCACAACACUUAGAAAAGAUGUUGAAUAUGUGUUAACAAAAACUUA